AGAAAUUCAAUCCAAUUGUACGGAAGUAUGGGUAAUGAAUGGGAAGAUCCGCUUUAAUUACACUUACACGGGACUUGACAGGGGGCCACUUGAGUUUUAUGAUUGGUUCCAACCGGGUCCUCUUUGCUUCCGUUUUCUUUUACUUACGGGUAAUGGUACCAAGUCAGGCCAAAAGAAUAAAGAAUAAUAAUAAUAAUAAAAAAAAAAUCAAUGGAUUGAAAGAAGUAGGGGAAACGUUUGGUUCAAAAAACAAAACAAAACAAUACAUAUACACACACUUUCACUGCCUUUCCACAAGGAUUCGAAGGUCACAUCAGUCAAUGUUUAAAUAGAAGAGGACCAUGGAAGAGAAGAAGUUUAGAACCGGUCACUGAUAUUAAUAGCUAUUCGUCCAUCGUCCAUCGUCCAUCGUUCCAUCGUUCCAUAAUCAACGCAAAGGAUGAGAUCGGC